AUGGCAGCGGGACAGCCGGAGGCGCAGGACCACCCGCCCGAGAACGGGUUUAUGUCGCUCGAGCAGACAGCCCCCAAGCUGCUACCUCUGUCCAGGAUUUUUCCUGAGUCCUUACGCUGGCUGCUAGCCACCCAACACUACCGGAGGUCCAAAGCCAUGAUGCUACACAUCGCCAGGAAGAACCAGGUUGACAUGACGACGGAGCCCAGUGGGGUCCUCACAGAGCUUGAGCAGGAGCUGCACAACAAGCCCCAGAGGACCUGCGUUGUCAAGGUGAUGAGCACCAGGAACCUGUGGAAGAACAUCGUGGUGCUGUGCGUCAACUCCUUGUCGGGAUACGGCAUCCACCACUGCUUCGCCCGCAGCAUGAUGGACCCCGAGACCCAGCAGACGGCCAUGCUCCACGUCGACUACUACACCAUGGCGAGCAUCGCCGUGGCGACCUGCCUGGCGGUGUGCCCCGCCGUGGGGGUCAUGGGCCGCCGCGGCGGGCUUCUCACCUUCAUGAUCGUCACCGCCCUGGCGUCCCUCCUGCAGCUGGGCUUGCUCAACUUGAUCGGAAAGUACAGCCUUCGCCAUGACACAGUUCUUAGGGACACUCUGAACAGGAAGUUCUCGGUGGCGUUCUCCAUCAUCGGCAUGUUCUCCUCGCACGCCGUCAGCACCCUCAGCAUCUUCUUCUGUGCUGAGAUCACGCCCACUGUCAUCCGGGGCGGCGGGCUCGGCCUGGUGUUUGCCAGCGCCGGCUUCGGCAUGCUGACCGCCCCCAUCAUGGAGCUGCACAACCAGAAGGGCUACUUCCUGCACCACGUGAUCUUCGCCUGCUGCACCCUGCUGUGCAUCAUCUGCCUGCUGCUGCUGCCUGAGACGCGCGGGCAGCCUCUGCCGGAGAGCCUGGCCGACGGGGAGAGCUUCACCCGCCAGCCCCUCAUCCGGCCCGGGGAGCAGCACCUGCUCCUCACCAAGACGGACAGGGACUACUCGCGGGUCCACGACACGCCACUGCAUCUCUCCGCCACCGGGGGCGCCACGGCGGCGGUGGCGACCGCUCUGGCGGCGGUGCCCGCCUCGUACGCCUACGCCACGGGGGCCGAGGUGAUCGUCAACGGGAUGAAAGGGUCAUAGC